ACCAUAUACGCUCGGGCCGGAGCAGGAGCAAUCAUUCAGUGCUGUCUUAUAUCCGUAUGUGCGGUGGAUGACACACAUCAGCUUCAUCACAACCGUAACUGCAGAGCUGCAUUCCCGCGUUGAUUGACUGCUCUCUGCAGUAGCGAAUAUGUCGCGAGCGACGAACAUCCAGCCUCCUCAGGCCGAUUACAAGAUCGUCCUUCGCAAUCCUCAGUCGGUGCUUCGAAAGAAGCUCGGCAAAGACCUGGAGGUGCUCGACUUCGAGAGCGACUCGUUGGUCAAAGCCGGCGACAACUACGGGAGCACUAUUCUGAAGGCCCGGGUGACCGCGAGAAGGAGAAAAGAUGCCGAGAAGGAGGAACUGCAUCUCGUGGCGAAGAUGCUGCCGCCCACGGAGUACCAGAGGAUCGUCUUUGACAGCGCGUUCACCUUCAAGAAGGAGAUCUUUCUGUACGAGGAGCUGAUACCGAUGUACCGGUGCCUGUACAGCGGAGCUUUCGACGUUGUGCCCGAGUGUUACGGAUCCGCGCUGUCGAGUCAGGAUGACGCAGAGGAGGUCGACGAGAGCGCGGUUAUUCUCUUGGAGAACCUCAAGGUCAAGGGUUACUACAUGGCGGACAGGUAUAGAGGUCUAGAUCGCGAGCACCUGAAAGCCGCCAUCACCUCUCUGGCCAAGUUCCACGCUAUCGGCUUGUCGGUGAAGCACAAGAAGCCCUCGUACCUCAGCAGCAUUCAAAAAUUCGCAAAGCCCAUGGCUAUCGACAGCGUCGUGAUGCGUCCUUACCUCAACAGCGUUCUGGAAGCACUGUCCAGCGAUUCUUCGACCACAAAGUACGUCGAUCGCGUGAAAGCGACCAACAACGUGGACGACGUCGCCGACACCUACUACCAGCUUUUGAAGCCUACCGAUCCCUGGGCUUGCGUCGUGCAUACCGAUUUCUGGGUCAACAACGCGCUCUUCCACAAGGACGAGCUUACCGGCAAGGUCGACGACUGCAAGCUUGUCGAUUUUCAGACCUACUGUCUCUCGAGCCCUCUUACCGAUCUUCUGUUCCUCCUGUGCACCAGUAUGGAGUCAGACCUGAAGUGGUUUGAUGAAAUGCUCGAGUUUUACAGACGGAUCGCUUUGGAGGUUUUAGGAGAGUUGGGUUGCGCUGUCGAGCUGUUCGAGAGGAACAUCUUCGAGGAGAGGCUGAAGAUCGAUGCUGCCGCCGACUUGUUUCACAUACUGGCAUUGGCGAAGGUUGUGGAGCUCAGGCCGGGCGAGGAAGUAGUGGCUAGUCCGUUGAACGAGACUAGUUUGAAGAGAGUGAGGAGAAUCGUUGAAAUUUUUGUCGAUAAGAACUGGAUCUGAGAUUUUUUAUUUUUCAUUUGGAGAAAUAAAGCCGUGCCUUAUUUGUUAAGUCAUUACAAAUUUGUAUACAAUCCAUAGACUAAAUUUGUCGCCAAAAAAAAUAAGAAUAUAAUGUGGUCGUAUAUUAAAGUAUAGCAUUUUGUGAAAAUAAAUAGUACAUUGUACAACAAGGGGCGAAAAUGGGCUUUUCCAAGCGAGGAUGAUGUUUGAGCACGAGUGGUAGUCGAGGGCGCCGUAGGCUCUAGAGGCGAAAACGACCAUUUUCGGUCCGCUCGAUUUCCGAUUCUCCGAUUAUUGUAGGCUCGUUCUACCUAUAUAGGGGGCGAAAAUGGAUUAAUUGAUACAUGUAUUGUGAUCAGGGACUCUCGCUCUACUUUUUGUGUGACGCUCGGAAAACCCCAUUUUCGGCCCAGUUUAUAGGCGCCGAAAAUGGUCUUUUUUAUGCACGUGUUAUAAAAAAAAAUUGAUGAAUACGUAUAAUAUGCAUUCAUAUGGUGUAAAUUAUUUUGGUAUUUUUCUAUCCAUCUUUUUAUACUGCGCGUGUGUAUUUUACAUAUUUGAAAAGCAGUUUUAGAAUUUAGCUUUUAGAGAUUAAAACUCCAAUUUACUUAUGUAAUAUGAUGGAAUAACAGAAAAUUUGUAAAAUCGACUUAUUCUUUUCACGCCCUCCAUCGGGUCGUGUAAGAUACUCUCUCAAAAUGUUUGCAUAUAAAAUUGGUCAUUAUUAGCAUAUGUGUAUCCACAAGCCAGCAGACGAGAAGAAAUUGAAGUUCUCAUAUUGCAAAAUAUUGCUGAGGAAAUUUGUCGGUAUGGACGAUUAUAGCGGUUUAGGAUUACAAAACAAAGUAGAAGCCGAAACUAUUAUCCUAUAUAUCUCAAUAAUAUAAUUGGGAAUAAUAUAGUGUCUCUUUUGGUAAUACGGAUUGGUACUUAAGAGUUGUGAUAGAUAAGUAUACAAGUAUGAAUUGUAGUUAUAUAUAUAUAUAUAUAUAUAUAUAUAUAUAUAUAUAUAUAUAUAUAUAUUUGUAUUUAUUUUGCACGAAUUGAAUUGGAUCCGACGCAAUUGUCCCUGAGAUAAUUAAAGUGCGGUUCGGUUUUAUAUGCGUUUAUAAGGAGAUUUAGCGCAACUGCCUUCACUAAUUGGAAUAAAAAAGCCCUCAUGUCGAGAUGGUAGUUACUUUCAAUUCUACGCUUAUCCGCCCACAUCAUCUAAUUUAUACCUAGUGAUUUCGAGUUCAUUAUUUUUAAUAAGACUGCAGCGCACGAUAAAAAUGAAUAAGCCA